UGAAAAGUUUCAUUAACGCCUAAUUCAUCGUGUCGAGUAGACCUUUUUUUGUCAGAAUUCUUAAUUCAUGAGUUGUAUGGAGGGAUUUAUGUCACCACAAACAGAGACUAAAGUAAGUGUUGGAUUCAAAGCAAGUGUUAAAGAGUACAAAUUGACUUAUUAUACUCUUGAAUAUGAAACCAAAGAUGAUAUCUUAACAACAUUCCGAAUAACUCCUCAUCCAGGAGUUCCGUCUGAAGAAGCAGGGGUCGCGGUAGCUGCCGAAUCUUCUACUGAUACAUGGAAAAUUGUGUGAACCGAUGGCCUACUUACAAGAGAAUGGGGAGUUCCAGUCGUAAUGCAUGACUACUUAACAAGAUGAUUCACUGCAAAUACUAGCCUAGCUCAUUAUUGCCGAGAUAAUGGCAUACUUCUUCACAUUCGUCGUGCAAUGCAUGCAGUUAUUGAUAGACAGAAGAAUCAUGGUAUACACUUCCAUGUACUAGCUAAACCGUUACAUAUGUCCUGUGGGGAUAAUAUUCACUCUGGUACUGUGGCAGGUAAACUUGAAGGAGAAAAAGACAUCACUUUGGGCUUUGUUGAUUUACUGCGUGAUGAUUUUAUUGAAAAAGAUCAAAGUCGAGUUAUCUAUUUCACUCAAGAUUGUGUCUUUCUACUAGGUGUUAUUCCCGUGGCUUUCGGGCCCAAAUUCCCGCUAUGCCCUCAAGACCUCACUCCAAAUCCUACUCCUUUAAGACCGUCGGAAAGUACACCGGACGUCGGAUCUUAG